AUGAUUCCCAUCAGCGAGGCGUUUCAUCGACUUCACGUACUCUCCCAAUCGGAAGGCUGUUGGGCGGCCUCUUUUAACGUAUCCGGUGCACAACACCUUGGUUGCUGGCUUGCCUCUUCUGUUUUGUUUCCCCCAAAGCUGACGGAUUUUGGUCCAAUUGAAGUUCAGUUUAAGCUAUGCAUUUUAGGGUUUAUUAGGUUGGAUUACACAUAUACAAAUAGAUUGUUGCAUCUAGAUUUUUCUCACCUUGUCUUUAACAUGGUCUUUUUACAAUCAUCUAGAGUAGCUGAUGUUACAGUUGAGCCUGAGCCCUGGGUUAUUCCUACCUCAAAUCGAAGCUACAAGACCUGUUGCCCGCUUAGCCAAAAAACAUCUGCUUCCAUCAACAAAACAUGCUUAUCCUCUAUACUUGAAGUUGAUGUUAGUUCAAUAGUAACAAUAACAAGAGGAACUGCGGACAAGGAUGAGCCUUUAUUGGUGGUUGCAUGUGGUAGAGACACCAUAUCAAUUGCUAGCUCUAUAAAAAGAUUAACAUCUGAAAAUGUGUUUGUUGUUCAAAUUCAACAUCCAAGAAGACAAGUAAGUAGGUUUGAUUUGGUGUUUGCUCCUCAACAUGAUUAUUACGCUCUUACCCCUCAUGCACAAGAGUACGUUCCUGAGUUUCUUCGCAAGUAUAUGACUCCUGAUGAGCCCCCUUCUAAGAAUGUGGUCGAUGGUGUUCUUGAUACCUAUGGGAGUGUAAGAAUUUCUUUUUCAAGAAGAACUCCAGUUAAGAUUGCAACUUAUGUGAGAAAAGAACUCGUAGAAUUUUUAAAAAUCUAUAUAUGGGAUAACAAAGAACCAAAUCCACACAUGGGACAUUUAGCAUGGGCAGAUGCAUUCAUUGUCACAGCAGAUUCAGUGAGCAUGCUGAGUGAAGCCUGCAGCACUGGAAAACCUAUAUAUAUGAUUAGAGCUGAGCGAUAGAUUCGGUAUCCUAACAUGAUCGCCUGGCAAGCCCCAUCCCCGUAUCCUUGUAAACCAGGGAAGCCAUAGUGGGUGCCCCACUGCUCUGGCAACUUAUUUUUGCAAGUGAAAUCAUGUGUAGACCCAUAAAAACGCCUUGGAAUCUAUGAGACUUUGACAUGGAUAAAUAAACCAUAAAUAGGAAAAACUAAGAAAGCAACAACAUGCAUAUGAAAAGAAUCGAUGAGAUAUAUAUCAUAACACAAAAUUAAGGGAAUUGAAAGAAAAGUAGAAAACUAAUAAAUUAUAGGCAAAAAAAAUUAGAAAUAAACAAUAAACACGAACUUGUUGACAUAGAGAAUCUGUAGAUUCGAAAGUUGAUACUAGAAAGAGUAAAAAUGAUUUCAUUCAAAUGGUGGUACAAAUUUAUGAACAGAUUGAAAUAACAUAUAAUUACAUGAGAGGAAAGUUGGGAAACAACAAUUAGUUGUUCUUUUUCUGGAUAAAUGCAAGAAAUAUAUGUAUACAUUCAUUUCUUUUGAUAUUAUAGCAUCCUAUUUUCAUUUUGUUACCUGAGGCAG